CGAAGAACAGAGUAAAUAGGAAGUGAAGCAUAAUUCAGAAAGUUUUGGCGUCAGUAAUGUUGGAGAUGUUCGUCAGGAAUCCUCUCAGAUUAAAGAAUAAUGUUUUGUAAUAUAGAUAAAUCCAUGGUUCUCAGGUUGCCAUGGUGAGCGGUUCCAGCAUAGCGACAUGAUGACCUCUGCAUGUCCUGAUGAGGUGGACUCCACAGAAGACCUGGAGUCAUUUGAGUUCCUGUCACACCCCGGACCUUCAGACCACACACACGCCUCAGAGGCAGUGAAGGACAAAGCCAGGCUAAGGAGCCGACUGGUGUCAGCGUGGAACAGUGUGAAGUAUGGAGGUUGGACUCUGAAAGCUAAACCUCGUCUGAGUAAAAACUCUCCUGUGUGUUUGCUGGGUCACACAUACCACCUGAGCCAUGAAGGUGAGAGGCAGCAGUUCCGGUGUGUGUUCUCGUCUCUGUUCUGGAUGACGUACAGGAGAGGCUUCUCCUCGCUGCACGAAUCGUCUCUGACCUCAGACAGUGGGUGGGGCUGCACGCUGCGCUCCGCCCAGAUGCUGCUCGCACAGGCACUAGUGCUACACACACUGCCUGCAGGCUGGACGUGGUCUGGAGCUCAUCACCAGACCAGAGACGACCUGGAGCUCAGACACUCUCGGCCCCUUGUGCUGGGAUUGAGACGGAGCCGGUGGGUGGGGCAGAGGAGGCGGAGCGAGGGUGCCAUACUGGAUGAGGAUGAAGAUGGGCAGGAGAGCGGACAUCGGCGUCUGGUGGCGUGGUUCGGGGACACGCCAUCUGCUCCGUUCAGCCUGCAUCAGCUGGUGGAGUUGGGACGGUCGUCAGGGCAACGGGCAGGUGACUGGUACGGCCCCUCUGUCGCGGCACACAUGCUGCGGAAGGCAGUAGCAGAGUCUGAAGUGAAUGACCUGGCUGUGUAUGUUGCACAGGACUGCACUGUGUAUGUGGGAGAUGUGAUGAGACUGUGUGGAGAAUGUCAGUGUGAACUCUCAGCGAGAUUUCGCUCUGUUAUUAUCCUGGUGCCUGUGAGACUCGGCGGAGACACACUCAACCCUGCGUAUGUCCCGUUUGUGAAGAGACUGCUUCAGCUGAAGUGCUGUGUGGGAAUAAUCGGAGGAAAGCCGAAGCACUCGCUGUACUUCAUGGGGUUUCAGGCAGAUGAUCAGCUGUUGUAUUUGGAUCCUCAUUUCUGUCAGGCUGCUGUAGAUAUCCAUCAGCCCAACUUCCCCUUAGAGUCAUUUCACUGUAAGACGGCGAGGAAGCUGCCCUUUCACCGCAUGGACCCCAGCUGCACGCUGGGUUUCUACGCUAAGAGCAGGAGGGACUUUGACACACUCCGUGCUGAAGUCACCAAGGCUCUGACCUCGUCCACAGACACGUAUCCCAUCUUCACCUUUGUGGAGGGCAGUGGGCAAGAUCAGCAUGAGCAGCUGGAGUUGACCUUUGAUGCAGAGGUGCACAUCCCACCCAAAGACAAAGGGAGACAAAGGAGUAAGCGGAGCAGCAUGGACGAAUUUGUGCUGCUGUGAACGCUUGCUCAGUCAUAGUAACGUCUGUUCAUGGAUAAUUUACUGAAAUCAGACUAUUUAUUUAAACACACUUCUGAUCAGGUUUGUACAUGUCAGUCACUAGCCCAGGGUUUAGAACCAGCAUUUUAGAUUCUAAAGUUGACAUGCAGUCAUCAACCAGCAACUAUAAGCUUCCAACUAGUGACUAUAAGCUUUUAACUAGUGACUGUAAGCUUUUAACUAGUGACUGUAAGCAUCCAACUAAAGACUGUAAGCUCCCAACUAGUGACUGUAAGCUUUUAACUAGAGACUGUAAGCAUCCAACUAGAGACUGGAAGCUCCCAACUAGUGACUGUAAGCUUCCAAUAAUAGUCAGCUACAUUAGUCUCAUAGCUUCAGUGUAAAAUAAAGAAGAAAAACUUGAACAUGACUUGGCUGAUAGACUAAAUUCAGGGUAAGUGAAACAGACUGUUCUUUAAUUAAACACACUACAAAAAUACAAAUCUAAGAAGAAAGCACAUUGAUUUUUGCAAGACUGAUUGAAAAUUCUAAAUACCAAGAUGGCACACGCGCACACACACACACACUCUCUUUUAUCUCAUGUUUCAAAUGAAACCUUCCAGCCAUCCAAGGCUGAGAGUCAAGGGAACAAAAUUGGCCAUGCUCUCCGGGUGGGAGAGAUGCUGUUACUCUCUCCGCUGUCAGUCACAGUAACACUUGACAAUUACGAGCAUCUAUGAGCUCAUCUAUGCGGAAGAGGGCAAAUAGCGCAUUCCUCCUCCCUGUGAAGCAGCAUGAGCAGCAUUUUGAAAAGAUGUGGUUAGCUGGCUUCAGAGGAAGCACCUGCUAGCCAUCACCCUCCCUGGUUGGUAGCCGUCAUAUGAUAGGGGAGAGUUAGCUGGUGGGUGAACACAGUUGGGGGGAAAGGGGGGGAAAAAUGUGGGCAGAGAUUAAUACAUAUGCAUCAUAAGUAUCGCUCAUGAGUAUCAUGAGUAAAGUAUCGUGAUAUACUUUUUUCAGUAUUUUCCGUCCCUACAUCAGUAAAAUCUAAGACAUGACAUCUAUAAUCAAAACUGAGCUCUAUUACUGUAUUUUUAGAGUUAAAUUUUAUUCCUCACUGGGUCCGUGUGUGUGUGUGUGUGUGUGUGUGUGUGUGUGUGUGUGUGUGUGUGUGUGUAUAUAAAUAUGUGUGUCCGAUUUGUAAAAAAAAAAAUAAAACUUAUUUUGGGUUUCAUGGCGGUAUGUCUCCUUGCCAACCAUUUUGAUGUUUUUUUUCUGUUUUGAUUGUGAAGUCAAGAGUGUGUUUGUGUCACUACAUAUUUUUAGAUUUACCUGUAAAUAAUGACGAAGAAUAAUUUUUGAAAUAAAAAAAUCUAUAUGAAUAAUUUUUAUUUUUUAAAAAAUGGGAUAACCUAGACAUUUAGAAGUUGUGUUUCAUGUAUGUAACUUGUUGUGUAAUAAAUGGAAGUGAACAUUGUAUGUUGGAUGUGAGAAAUCAGAGUGGGUGUGUGUGACUCGUUCAGUGUAUCACUUGUGAGACAGGAAGCUUCUCCUCACUCGGCUGAAACUGGAGCAUCUCAAAAGCAUCAGAGAAUGAUCUGCUGUUCUGUCAUGUAGUUAAUUGUUUUACACAAACCUGUCUGUCCUGCUGCAGUUAACAGUAAGAAAAUCAUUUACAGUGGUUGUCUUGUUCCAAAUGUGCCCAUAGCACUGACCCAUAGCACUGUUGCUGCCUUCACGUGCUGUUAUAAUUACAAGUUACAUCAAAUUACAAAGUGAGUGCACUUGAAUGGCACCACAGUGUCGUGGUUACAACUCAGGAACUCAUAUUUUUCUAUGAGCCUCUAUUUUCCACGUUACAAAUAACAAAAAGUCUUGAUGGCCGCCAAUGUGAAUGUCAAGCCUAUGAUUUGUAGUUUCACAAAUUUGCCAGUCCGUUAUGGGAGAACAGUUUUGAAUAUCAAAAUUCCUUUGAUAACUUUUGUUCAGACAGGUCUCAAGAUGAUGUGAGCCAAAUUUGGUGGAGAUUGGACAUAAUUCGGAGGAGAAGAAGCAAAAAUGGCUAUUAGAUGUAAGCAUUUUUAUCAUGUUAUUGUAACAAUGUCAUGUUAUUGUUUCACCAUUGCGAAAUUUGUUGCAUAGCCUCAGGUCUUGGUUUUACCAAGUUUUGUGUCUGUGCACCAAGCCGUUGCUGAGAUACAGCCUCACUUCCUGUUUGGCGGUUUCCCUGUCAGAUUUGUUGGCCCAUUAUGGGCAAACCACUUGGAAUAUUCAAAAUUCUUCUGACAACUUUUGUGAGGCUUACUCUGAAGAUGAUGUCUGCCACAUUUGGUGAUGAUUAGACAAAAUUUGAAGAAGGAGUAACGAAAAAAAAAAGUUUUUGAUGAAAACCAAGAUGGCAGUAAAUGUAAUUAUGCAGAAUUUGACAUUAUAGGGUGCAUUGAACUCGUCUUGACCCAGGGAAUCCAGGGAUGCCAUUUUGGACACAUGGUUCAAAAGUUAUAACCAUGGACGUACUUCCAAAUUAAGCCCAAAUUUGACCUGAUGGUGGCGCUAGAGUGUUGGCAGCACUUUGCCAAAAUUUGGUCCGAAUGUUCCAUAGACCCUCCCCAAUCAGUGUGUUUCACUUUUUACCAGACGGUUCUAUGGGCUGCCAUAGACAUCCUAGCCAAAAGAUGAAGCAGAAGAAUAAUAAUAAGAAAAGGUAGAAUAACAAUAGGAUGCCUUCGCACCUUCAGUGCUUGGCCCCCUAAUAAGGUCGGAGGUCAUGAUUAUGAUGUGGUGUGUAUUUUGGUUAGAAAAAAUGGAAGAAAACCUCUUCUCUCUCAUAUUUUCUAACCAAACACACACCAGGUCAUAAUCACGACCUCUGAAGCUCGUAUGCACAAACUUCUACUUGACUACUUGGAGGCAGCGUAUAACAGGCAUGUAGAGAUCCUGGGUUAGACACUUAUCUGUUUCUGGAGCUCACGCUGUAUUAUUCACUGUGAAUUCUAGAUAGCCCUGUUGGUUCUAUGCUGUAAAACCAGCUGUAAAACCAAUUUACCUUUUACAUUUUUUUGCCAAUUAUUUUGACUAAUAGUAUGAUGGGAAUGUACAGAACUGCAUUACUGCCUCACCCACAUGUUCUUUUGGUCUGUUUGUUCUAGUCAGAAUACUUUCUCCGUUCUCAGGAAAUCAUUUACAUAUUUGAACUGGUUCCCCUCAGCACCCAGCUGGACCCGACCUGCAGCUCCAACUACUAAUCCACUGCAUGAGAACCCAUAGUGAGUAAUACAUAACUGCAUAACUGCAUUAGAACCCAUAGCGAUCAGUGUAUAACUGCAUUAGGACCCAUAGAGAUCAGUGUAUAACUGGAUGAGAACCCAUGGUAUUCAGUUAUAACUACAUGAGAACCAAUGGUGUUCAAUAUAUAACUGCAUGAGAACCCAUAUUGAUCAGUAUAUAACUGGAUUACAACCCGUAAUGACUGAUAUUACUGUACAGCACUUGUAGUGGCUGAUACGAUGCCGAUUUCUUUUCUCCCAGAUACCACAGAACUGUUGAAAGGGAUGUAUUAUUUGUACAGGGCUUGAUGGUGGUGUUGUAAAUGGCCAAAUAAGCUAGCCGUGUUGUCUUUGAAAUCUAAAAUAUAGGCUCACAGUGGAGGGAGAAUAUGUACUGACGCCUAGGUGUUCUUUUUGUCGGCAUCUUUCCUCUUUCUCACUCAUUUCUGCAACACUAAACAUCACUCAUGCACAUGCACCAGCAACAGUUGAAUAAUUGAAAAAUUAUGGUCAACCAUUCAUAGCGCAUGCACAUGUGAGCUCAUAUGAAGGGUGCAUGCAUAGUUGUGCAAAAAACAUUAUGCUAAAUUUUAUGUUGUUCACUAUCUUGGCUUAGAUUGACAGAAAUCUAACAUAAUUAUAUAGAGACUAGAGUAAACACCGCGUAUAUUGUAAAUGGUGGCUAAAACAAUCAAUACAAUUAAAUUGGGGUCCCUUAUAGGACUAGUGGUUAGGCCACAGUGCUCUCACCGCUGCGGCCCAGAUAUGCUUCCCAGCCAGGGAACCGGCCCCAGCCACUUUGGUUGCAUGCAGCAGGGUGCUGGUUGUGUCAGGAAAGGCAUCCGGCAUAAAAUCUGUGCCAAAUCAAAUACACGGACCAAUGAUCCACUGUGGCAACCUCUAACGGGAGCAGCCAAAAGAGGAACAACAGCAUCAAUACAUUAAAUUAAGUCAAAUAAGUCUUUGAGAGGGAGGAUUUUGGACUUAUCAUUUUUUCUUUCCAAAGCCAGACUUAGCAUUUUUUUCUUUUCAAAGCCAGUGCUUUCUCUGAGGCAUUUCACUGCAUUUGAAGGCAGUAUGCGAUUGCUUGGGCAGAGAAUUGGUCAACUGCUACUAGAGAGUCUGCAUGAAAAAUCUCAUUCUGGAGAACUACAGUAGGGAAUAGUGAGUGUGUAUGCAGUUUCAAACUAAAAUAAACACUCGCUAUACAUACACACAUAUAUACACACAGCUUCAUUUGUCUUGAAGUAACGAGGGAAUGGACCGCACUUGGUCAAUUAACUUCUUGUCAGUCAAUUGUCCAAAUACCUUUGAGCCCCUGAAAAUGGAAGUACUUUGCUUAAAAUGGCUGUAAUUCCUAAAUGGUAAAUGCCAUAUUUUUGUAAUGAAAUAAAGCUGAAAAUAAAGCUGAAAGUCCACACCUCGAUCACAUCUUGAUUGUUUUAUUUCAAAUCCUUUGUGGUGGUGUAUAAAGGCAAAAUCACAAAAACUCUGUCAUUGUCCAAAUACUUCCAGACCUGACUGUAUAUAUACAUAUAUAAAACUGUCAUUUAUAGUGAACUGUGAAAGUGUCAGUUAUCGACAUACCGGGUGGGGCUUGUCUCAAAAAUAAUUCACAUAGCUCCAGAGACAGGCCCCU